AUGUUCCGGUUGUCAAGGCACUUGUCAGCGGGGAUACUAGCGAUCGACCAACGUCGUACCUUGCCUGAUCCAUCACAAGUCGAAUUAUUUGAAAGAAUAAACUCCGGCCUUGCUGAAGGUGCCUGCCCUGCCAUGGUAAUACCUCUGAAUGGCCACGUCACUUACUCGACUAUCGGAAUCGGCUCUUAUGCUUCUGGCACGGUAGCGACGCUCACCUGCAAUCUUGGCUAUACGAUUUCGGACACAUUGUCUAGUACCUGCACGGCGGGAACAUGGGUUCCUCCACUUCUUGGAACUUGCAAUUCAGGAGACCACGCACUCGAUAAGGUUAUCAAAGGCGAGGAUAUCAAAUUUGGACCGACGAAUUGGAAUGGAAUGAGCUGGAUGAGUAGCCAUCUAAGAAUAGAUGGAGCAGAACCGGACGGCAUUCUUUCAUGUGGAAAUCCGAUUGUAGCAAAUGGGAUAGUCACCUAUAGCUUGGGAACUCUAGAAGAGCCCCUCAAGGAACCAGGAACGGUAGCGUUGAUGUCGUGCAAUUUUGGCUUUUUUCCGAUCGGAUCAACAACGUCGACCUGUCAGAAUGGAGCUUGGAUGCCGGCGCUCGGCAUAUGCAGUGCUGAGGGUUUGCAUGCAUUAAUCGCCUCUGCUUAG